AUGGGAUGGUUGAAAAGUGAAGUGGCUGCAAGUGCCCUCGCGCCCUCGUCGCUGCGACCGCCGGCUAGCAUGUGGCGCGCCGCGCGCGUACUCUUCUGGCUGCUGUGCUGCUGCUGUUGCGACCUACUCGAGCUGAAGAUGCUGGUGCUGUGCAGCGGUGCGGUGUCCGCGCCGGCCGCGUACGCCUCCUCCUCCUCCUCCUCCUCCUCCGCCUUCUCCGCCUUCUCGUCGUCAUCCGCCGGCUCCUCGUCGGCGUCUUCGACGCACCACCGCAGCAACCGGCCGCACCACCCGCCGCCGGGCCAGCCUCACUCGCACCAGCAGCAGCAGCAGCGCCAGGAGGUGAGGUGCGGCGGGCACCUCAGGGAGCGCACGGGGGUGAUCCAGACGCCCAACUUCCCGCGGCCCUUCCCGGUGCCCAUCCGCUGCCGGUGGGUGAUCGACGCGUCGGCGCUCAACAUCUCCACGCACAACGUGUCCAUCGUGGUGUACCUGACGCAGCUGUACGCCACGGCCGGCCUCACCUUCACCGAGUUCGCCUACUACGAGAGCGACGCGUUCCACGUGGGCGAGGCGCUGGUGCAUGCCGUCACCGAGCAGAACGUGACGCUGGUCAAGUGGCUGUGGAGCCGGCGGCCCGCGCUCGUCGUCGACUUCGCCCUCGACCGCCUCGAGGGCAACCACCUGCGCGUGCUGGACGAGCUGCUCGACGUGUACGGCUUCAACAUCACCUACGAGAUCUCGGGCCGCGCCGACCCGGUCAGGGGCGACUCGUGCAACGUCAUGACGUGCUCCUUCGUCGGCAACUGCUUCGCCGCCGCCGACUUCACAUUAAAGUGGUUAUUAACUCUCUUCCUGCGCUUGUAUCCGAGCGAGGCACGCUCCGUGGAGGUGCUGCCGUCUUCACAAACAACGGAGAAGGAAGAGGGUCGCAGGCACUACCAGUGCGCGUGCUUCAAGGGCUUCUCGGGCGAGGACUGCGGACGCGGCCCGCUCUGCCAGCCCGGCCGCCACAUCUGCCAGAACGGCGCCACCUGCCGAGGGCGUUAUACGUCUAUGGUGUGUGGACGUGCUGAGUAUAGAUGCAUUACACACCGCAAGAAGAAAAAAGUUUAA